UGCCGCGCCUCUAGCUGCCCUGGUUACCGUUGGUGUUUGCGAAUUCCCUGCAGCGCCGGUUUUGCCGCGGACCCAGCCCCGCGGCCGUUCCACACGCGCGCGCCGGCGUCACGUGGGCCGAAGCUCCCACGCGGACGCCGGCCGGCGGCUGAGGCAAUAGGAAAGCGCUGCGGCUACCGCUAGCCCACCGUCUCCGCCCCAGGGCUGGCGCGCGGAUAAAAAUGGCGAAAUGGGGGUUAGCCGGCGGGGAACCUGACGGGAUGGGGCACGGAGGUGGCACUGAUGUGGAAUCCUGCUGAGGUGGGCGCAGUUGAGCUGGCGACCUCGGGCCGGCGGCUGACAGCGCAGACCACGGAGUCCGGGGGUCGCCGAGGGCCCCGCCGAGCGCCGGAGGCAAUGGACGAGCAGAGUGUGGAGAGCAUUGCUGAGGUUUUCCGAUGUUUCAUUUGUAUGGAGAAAUUGCGGGAUGCUCGGCUGUGUCCUCAUUGCUCCAAGCUUUGUUGUUUCAGCUGUAUUAGGCGCUGGCUGACAGAGCAGAGAGCUCAGUGUCCUCAUUGUCGUGCUCCACUCCAACUACGGGAACUAGUGAAUUGUCGCUGGGCAGAAGAAGUGACACAGCAGCUUGAUACUCUCCAACUGUGCAGUCUUACCAAACACGAAGAAAAUGAGAAGGACAAAUGUGAAAAUCACCAUGAAAAACUCAGUGUAUUUUGCUGGACUUGUAAGAAGUGUAUCUGCCAUCAGUGUGCACUUUGGGGAGGAAUGCAUGGUGGACACACGUUUAAACCUUUGGCAGAAAUUUAUGAACAGCAUGUCACUAAAGUGAAUGAAGAGGUAGCCAAACUUCGUCGGCGUCUCAUGGAACUGAUCAGCUUAGUUCAAGAAGUGGAAAGAAACGUAGAAGCUGUAAGAAAUGCAAAGGACGAGCGUGUUCGGGAAAUUAGGAAUGCAGUGGAGAUGAUGAUUGCACGGUUAGAUACGCAGUUGAAGAAUAAGCUCAUAACGCUCAUGGGUCAGAAGACAUCUCUUACUCAAGAAACAGAGCUGUUGGAAUCUUUACUUCAGGAGGUAGAGCAUCAGUUGCGGUCUUGCAGUAAGAGCGAGCUGAUAUCUAAGAGCUCAGAGAUCCUAAUGAUGUUCCAGCAAGUCCACCGUAAACCCAUGGCGUCCUUUGUUACUACACCUGUCCCACCAGACUUUACCAGUGAAUUGGUCCCAUCUUACGAUUCAGCUACAUUUGUAUUAGAGAACUUCAGCACUUUGCGCCAGAGAGCAGAUCCUGUUUACAGCCCACCUCUUCAAGUUUCAGGACUUUGUUGGAGGUUAAAAGUUUAUCCAGAUGGAAAUGGAGUUGUACGAGGCUACUACUUAUCUGUAUUUUUGGAGCUAUCAGCUGGCUUACCUGAAACUUCCAAGUAUGAAUAUCGUGUAGAAAUGGUUCAUCAGUCCUGCAACGAUCCUACUAAAAAUAUUAUUCGAGAAUUUGCAUCUGACUUUGAAGUUGGAGAGUGCUGGGGCUAUAAUAGAUUUUUUCGUUUGGACUUACUUGCAAAUGAAGGAUACCUGAACCGACAAAAUGAUACAGUGAUUUUAAGGUUUCAGGUACGCUCACCAACAUUUUUUCAGAAAUGUCGGGAUCAGCACUGGUACAUUACUCAACUGGAAGCUGCACAAACUGGCUAUAUUCAGCAAAUAAACAAUCUUAAAGAGAGACUGACUAUUGAGCUGUCCCGAACUCAGAAAUCAAGAGAUUUGUCACCGCCAGAUAAUCAUCUUAGCCCUCAAAAUGAUGAUAUUCCUGAGGCACGAGCUAAGAAGGCUGGGUCAUGCUCUGACAUGCUUCUGGAUGGUGGACCUACUUCAGCUUCUGUAAGAGAGACUAAGGAAGAUGAAGAUGAAGAAGAAAAGAUUCAGAAUGAAGACUAUCAUCAUGAGCUCUCGGAUGGAGAUCUGGAUCUGGAUCUUGCUGGGGAAGAUGAAGUGAAUCAGCUCGACGGCAGCAGCUCCUCUGCGAGUUCCACAGCAACGAGCAACACAGAAGAGAACGACAUUGACGAGGAGACCAUGUCUGGAGAAAAUGAUGUAGAAUAUAACAACAUGGAAUUGGAAGAGGGAGAACUCAUGGAAGAUGCAGCUGCUGCAGGACCUCCAGGUAAUAGCCACAGCUAUGUGGGUGCCAGUAGCAGAAUGUCAAGAAGAGCACAUUUAUGCUCUGCCGCUACCAGUAGCUUAUUAGACAUUGAUCCUUUAAUCUUAAUACAUUUAUUGGAUCUUAAGGACCGGAGCAGUAUGGAAAAUCUGUGGGGCUUACAGCCUCGUCCAUCUACUUCACUUUUGCAACCCACAGCAUCAUAUUCUCGAAAAGACAAAGAUCAAAGGAAGCAGCAGGCGAUGUGGCGAGUGCCCUCUGACUUAAAGAUGCUCAAAAGACUCAAAACUCAAAUGGCUGAAGUUCGGUGUAUGAAGACCGAUGUGAAAACAACACUCUCUGAGAUAAAAGGCACUGGAAUUGCUUCUGGAGACAUACAGGCAAACCUGUUUUGUGCUGACCAGGCAGCUCUGGCUACCUGUGGACCCGAAAACUCUGGUAGAUUGCAGGACUUGGGAAUGGAGCUCCUAGCAAAGUCAUCAGUUGCUGGCUGUUACAUACGGAACCGGUCCCCCGGAAACUCUCAGUCUGGGAGCAGACACAACUCUCCCCGAGCCCUGACACAUAGCAUCAUUGGGGAUAUUCUGCCCAAAAGUGAAGACCGACAAUGCAAAGCUUUGGAUUCUGAUGCUGUGGUGGUUGCAGUUUUCAAUGGCUUACCUACUGUUGAGAAAAGAAGGAAAAUGGUUGCCUUGGGGGCUAAUGCAAAAGGAGGUCGCCUGGAAGGAAUGCAGGUAGCAGAUUUGGAAAGUCAUUCUGAAGCUGGGGAGUUACAGCCCACACUACCUGAAGGAGCGUCAGCUGCCCCCGAGGAAGGAAUGAGUAGCGACAGCGACAUUGAAUGUGACACUGAGAACGAGGAGCAGGAAGAGCACACCAGCAUGGGGUCCUUCAGUGAUCCGUUCCUGGCUCCGCCCCCAGAUGAAGAUUCACAUUCCAGUUUUCCUGAUGGUGAGCAAAUCGACCCUGAAAAUCUCCACUUCAGUACUGAUGAAGGCGGUGGAAGGUAAUUGCCAGACAUGAGAGCCGAGUUACAAGCUACCUGGGCCCUGAAAUUUGUUGCAAGUUGGUGCUCAAAAUUGUCAGCAGUCAGAUAAUCAGAUUUAGUCUCAUUUGUUCACCAUCUCUACCUGAAAGAGUAACUUUGAAACUGUUAGAAGGAGCCCAAUUCUAGUACAAAACAGUAAUAGUACAUGGGGAAAAGAUUAAGCAGGGAAAGGGUUCCUUCUGAUGUCAUGAACUAACUAACAGUGUAGUGCUCUGUUAAUUUAGCAAAUUAGCGCAUUAACAAAGGCAGCUUGUCCCCAGUACUGAGAGCCAACUAAGUGCCAGAAAGCACCCAGAGGCAGUGCAUGACUCUGAUUCGUUCAGCUUCGGUGCUCUCUGUCUUAGGCUCGACACAUGGUUUAGAUGACCGUAUUUAAGUUUUCAUUAGUUUGUAGUUUCAUUAGGGCCAGUAUAACAGUGAACAGAAAAGUUGCUUAUGAACAGUGGACACUUCCCCUGAGUAACUAUAGCAACACUAGAUUGACCCUUCUCUUUGAAAUACGAUGAUAGCCUAAAUUUUAUUUAUUUUUCUCACUUGUUCAAGUGCUGGCAUACUGGUUAAUGGCACAUCUUCAUGCAAUUGUGCGACCUUUACAGGGGUCAUUUGAGUCAGUUAAGGCAUUGGUGGAUAGGUUCUAUGAACACAUGUGAGGUCACUUGAAAUUUUUUCAUCUUUUCUGCUUCCUGAAACACUACUGUAGUGCAACUAAUAUUUUUAAACUAUUUCCAUUGGUUGGACAUUGAUUUCAGUGAGUGCAUUUAAAGAUUUAUGCAUAUUGCAAUCUUGCAUCAACAUGAAACCGUGUGUAAGACUUAUUCUCAUUCCUAAUUACCCCAAAUGAUUGCCAAACUUUGCCACUGUGCUUCCAAGUUGUUUGAGCUAUUAUAUGUUUGUGAAAGUUACACUUACAGUUGGCUAAGAGAUUGUUCAGAAGCAUGGCUUGUAUGUACGCGAGAGCGCGCUCACCUGUUUGUUUUAGUGAUUCUUGUCCACUCCCCAUGGCUGAUGGCUUGCUGAAUGCUGUGAUUUAUAGUUUACUUUUUUCUAAACAGCUUGCAAUUUUUGUUAAUAAAAUUAACUUGAGAGAA